UGCCCAAUUUUGACAUUUUCUAUUCAACGGACAACGACAGUAAACUCAAGUGGUUGUCCUUCCAGCCAACUUCGUUGUCGGUCUCCCUUUCGACCGUGUCUUAAUACAUUUCACACAUAUUUCUCUUACUCUGCCUCUCAUGGCUUCCACUGUAUCAUUCUCCAUCUCUUCACCUUCUUCUUUCACUCUUUCUCGCAAACUGUACGGACCAUUUUUCCCUCAAAAACUUUACAGAUCAUUUGUCCCUCAAAAACUCUGCUUUCGAAAACCCAUUUCAGUCAAGGCUUCUUCAACUUCUCUCGAUUACUCUACCCCCUCAGUCCUCGAAAAACAACCCGCCCCAUUAAAGAGUGGUAAUUGGCAAUGGAAAUUCAAGGAUAAUUUAAUCAAUAUCUAUUAUGAGGAACAUGACAGGGAGAGCUCUGACCCUCCCAAAAAUAUCCUUAUGAUACCAACGAUUUCUGAUGUUAGCACUGUUGAAGAAUGGAGAUCUGUGGCUAAAGACAUUGCUCAACGAGAGGGCAAAGUCAAUUGGAGGACUACUAUUGUUGAUUGGCCUGGUUUGGGUUACUCUGAUAGGCCAAAAAUGGAUUACAAUGCUGAUGUCAUGGAGACGUUCGUGGUUGACUUCAUCAAUGCGCCGGAUAGCCCUGUAAGCUCAUCAGAAAAUGAUUUGGUCGUCUUUGGAGGGGGGCAUGCUGCCACAAUAACAGUUCGUGCUGCAAAAAAGGGUUUGGUAAAACCCACAGCAAUUGCUGCUGUUGCACCCACCUGGGCUGGUCCACUCCCCAUUGUAUUUGGUCGAGAUUCUAGCAUGGAAACAAGAUAUGGGCUGCUGAGGGGAACCUUAAGGGCUCCAGGCGUAGGCUGGAUGAUGUAUAACAUGCUUGUCAGCAAUGAGAAGGCAAUUCAAUCCCAAUAUAAAUCUCAUGUCUAUGAAAAUCCUGACAAUGUAACUUCAGACAUUGUAGAAAGCAGAUAUGCUCUUACAAAAAGGAAAGGAGCACGAUAUGUUCCUGCUUCUUUCUUGACUGGUCUCCUCGACCCAGUUAAUUCACGAGAGGAGUUCCUUGAAUUGUUUGCAGAUUUGGAGGGAAAAAUACCGGUUCUGGUCAUGUCAAGUGCAAGUUCUCCAAAGAGGUCAAAAGCUGAGAUGGAAGCACUCAAAGGAGCCAAAGGGGUCAGCAAGUUUGUUGAGGUUCCAGGUGCUCUGUUGCCACAAGAAGAGUUUCCCACAAUUGUUGCAGAGGAGCUUUACCGGUUUCUGCAAGAAAUUUCUGAAGCAAACGCAUGAUAUCAAUCAAAUUGUUUUUUUUAUUGAAGUAAUGCUGUUGAGAUAAUAAGUAAAUUUAUUACUGCAAACAGGUUAAUGCGUUGUAGAGGUUAGUAGAAGGAAAUGAAUAGAAAAUAAUUGCGAUUGUUUAA